GCUGGCUCUUGCACUUGGGGGCUUUUCCUUUCCUCUCCCGUCUGUGUUCUGGUUCUGAAUUCAUCCAGGGUCCAGGAUGACAAUCCGACACCAGGGCCAGCAGUACAGGCCGAGGAUGGCAUUUCUCCAGAAGAUUGAGGUGCUAGUGAAGGACAUGCAGCACCCAGAGUCGGGGGUCAAAAUGCAGAACCAGAAGGUCCUGGUCACCAGCGUCCCUCAUGCCAUGACAGGAAAUGAUGUUCUACAGUGGAUCGUCCAGCGACUUUGGAUCUCCAAUCCGGAGGCACAGAACUUAGGCAACUUUAUUGUCAAGUAUGGCUACAUUUACCCCUUGCAAGACCCCAAGAAUCUCGUUCUCAAACCUGACGGCAGCCUCUACCGAUUUCAGACGCCGUACUUCUGGCCCACUCAGCAGUGGCCGGCUGAAGACACAGACUAUGCCAUCUAUCUAGCCAAGCGAAAUAUCAAGAAGAAAGGGAUUUUAGAAGAAUAUGAAAAGGAAAAUUACGAUUUCUUGAACAAAAAAAUUAACUACAAGUGGGACUUUGUCAUUAUGCAGGCUAAAGAGCAGUACAGGACUGGAAAGGAAAGGAAUAAAGCAGACAGGUAUGCAUUGGAUUGCCAGGAGAAGGCAUAUUGGCUGGUCCACCGAUGCCCUCCAGGAAUGAACAACGUGCUGGACUAUGGCCUGGACCGAGUGACCAAUCCGAAUGAAGUUCAGGUAAACCAGAAACAAACAAUCACUGCUGUCAAAAAAGAGAUCAUGUAUUACCAGCAGGCCUUAAUGAGGUCCACGGUGAAGUCUUCGGUGUCCCUUGGAGGGAUCGUCAAAUACAGUGAGCAGUUUUCAUCCAAUGACGCCAUCAUGUCAGGCUGCCUCCCCAGCAAUCCUUGGAUAACAGAUGACACCCAGUUCUGGGAUUUAAAUGCCAAAUUGGUGGAGAUCCCAACCAAGAUGCGGGUAGAGCGAUGGGCCUUCAACUUCAGUGAAUUGAUCCGAGACCCCAAGGGUCGACAGAGCUUCCAGUACUUUCUCAAGAAAGAAUUCAGUGGGGAGAAUCUGGGAUUCUGGGAAGCCUGUGAGGAUCUGAAGUAUGGAGAUCAGUCCAAGGUCAAGGAGAAAGCAGAAGAGAUUUACAAGCUAUUCCUGGCCCCAGGGGCGAGGCGGUGGAUCAACAUAGACGGCAAAACCAUGGACAUCACUGUCAAGGGGCUGAGGCAUCCCCACCGCUACGUGCUGGAUGCUGCGCAAACCCACAUUUACAUGCUCAUGAAGAAGGAUUCUUAUGCUCGCUAUUUAAAAUCUCCAAUCUAUAAGGAAAUGCUGGCCAAAGCUAUUGAACCUCAGGAAACCACCAAGAGAAGCUCCGGCCUCCCGUUUAUGCGGCGUCACCUGCGCUCCAGCCCAAGCCCCGUCAUCCUGAGGCAGCUGGAAGAAGAAGCCAAGGCUCGAGAAGCAGCCAACACGGUGGACAUCACCCAGCCGGGCCAGCACGCUGCUCCCAGCCCCCACCUGGCUGUGUACACCGGGACCUGCGUGCCCCCCUCUCCUUCCAGCCCCUUCUCCCCCUCCUACCGCUCCCCCAAGAGGCCCUUCCCCUCACCAGGCCGCUUCAUCCGGCGGCCCAGCAGCACCGUCUGCCCCUCGCCCGUUAGAGUGGCCUUGGAGAGUUCCCCGGGCUCGGAGCAGAAGGCGGAGGCCAGCGGAUCCAAGGCCCAAGGUGGGCCUGCCAACACCGAGAGCAGCGAGGCCUCCAUCGACCACUCCCAGCCCCGGCCCCCACGCAGGGCCCCUCCCAAGGCCCGCAUGGCUCUGUCCUUCAGCAGGUUUCUGAGACGAGGCUGUUUGGCUUCACCAGGCUUUGCCAGGCUCUCACCCAAGUGCCCCCCUGUGUCCCAUGGGAAGGUGCAGCCCCUGGGGGACGUGGGCCAGCAGCUGCCCCGGCUGAAACCCAGGAGAGUAGCAAACUUUUUCCAGAUCAAAAUGGACCUGCCUACGGAGAGUGGGACCUGCCUGAUGGACUCGGAGGACACUGGGACAGGAGAAUCGGGUGACCAGGCCACAGAAAAGGAGGUCGUCUGUCCCUGGGAGAUCCCGGCCGAGGGGAAAGCUGGCUGA